GUUGAUGUGGGGCACUCUGACUAGAGGACGGUCUGUCGUUUGCAGUUGCUGCUGACCCUCGCUGACACUUCGGAAUAUAUAAGAUCUAGGUCUACCGUCCAAAGAGGGACUCGUGACCAUAUUUAACUGUCUCAGAUUCGAGACUUCCCUUUUCGUGGCCUCCUACGACUCGCAUGGCUACGGUGGAGGUACUCGACUCCUCCUCCAUACGGGAUAAACUCACUAAACUCUAGACUUGUCCUGGUUAUAACACUUCGGCACGGACCGCAUAGAAAACACCUCACCCAUCAGCUCUUCUAUUGUUGGGUCACGUAGCUGUCGCACGGACCGUAUAGAGAAUACCGCUUCCUAGUUAAUCCGUUGGUGCGUGUUACGAAUCUGUUGCGUCCACUACCUAGCAACGACCGUUAUUUACAGAGCAUUACCUAGCAACGGCUGUUGUAUUGUUGCAUAUUUGGCCGUGGUUGCAUAGCAAGGGGUUUACAUACUCCAAUGUACACCAAAGAGAACGAAUUGUUUCUCUCUCCAGCUGCUAUCCUUUGUUAUAUAGCAUUUAGUUUGCUGCAUAACAUCACAAACAAAUUAUACGUUGAAGUUCAAGAUUAUCUUCUACAGCUUUAAACUGGCAUGACGUCGGCAAAUAAAGAAGGAAACAAAAUGGGGAAAUACAGUUGAAAUAGGCAGGUGGAAAAUGGAGGUCAUUCGGGUGAAAUAUUGCCAAAAUCUUCGAUCAGAUCUUAGGACAAAUAGUGUGACGUCACUUUACAUAGUCUGUACCGGUCCUACGUACGUUCAGUUGAAGCAUGAAGAGCAUGAAAGCGUCCACCUAGUGGGAAAUUGACUAAUCUCAACCAGAACUUGCUGCGUAGUUGAUCCGUAGUGAUCCGUAGUGUCUGAAGUUACAGACGAACUUAAAGUGACAUAGUGAACAAAAAAUAACGAGAGUUUAUCACUGAAUUUAAUCUAUGCAAAUCUUAAGCAGACGUGAAAGAGGAAAAGGACAGCCUUACAUUUUUCUAAGUGACUCCAGACAUACAAAUGACGAUGUUAUAAACAGUGGUGUACUCCAGCCGUACAGCAAGUUUCCGUUAGUCCCCAAAUUUUCUAGGCUAUUUAAUACUGAAGUUACUUAACAAGAGGAUCUAUGAAUCUUCUGGGUGAAGCUAUUGGUUUAACAUUAGUAAAAGAUACUGUUUUCUUUAAGUUUUUACAAAGUGUUCUAAUGGUUCUUAGAAAAAUUCAGUCGCGAAAACAGGACAGUUUUAAUAAUACUCCACACCACUAUAUCAACUGGAUUCUGUAAACAUGAGUCAUCGACCCUACAUAAAACGUUAGCAGCUGAAGCGCAUCAAGUGGAAGAUCAAUAUUUACCCAAACAGCAGUUAUUGAACGCAGAAACUUCUUUUAUAUAGCGAGCGAGAUCUCGAAGACAAAGUUAUAAGAGGGAAGAACAGAACUUAGAACCAAGGUCAUCUUCAGUAAGGUAAAGAUUUGCAAGAUGACAUCUUUCAAAGAACCAGGAAGACUGGAGGAAAGUGAAGUGAGAACAGCUCCAGUGAUAAUGGAAAUUGAAGCCACAGCAGAUCCUGAAUGUGCAGUAUUACUGGAGGAGUUGAAUGAAGAAGAUUUGGAAAUGAUUGAUUCUAGUGAUUUUAUAGAAGCUCACACAGUAAAUAUGGAUGAUGGGGAAAUAAAAGAUGAUGAUAAAAUGAUAAUAGAUGAAGAUUUUGAUUCUGAUUCAGAUGUUGAAGAACAACAAAGUUUUUCAGAAUACCUGGAAGAUGAAAUUGUGACUAAGGAGCAAGAACAAGAACUUACCACUCGAUUUCUGAAUGGGGAAUUGACGUUUAGUGAGUAUGCAGCGUUAAUGGAAGGAAAUGAAGUUGAUGAUGGUACAGAUGCUUCUUGUAUGGCAUCAAAUACAACUGCAUCAGCAGCAGAUGCUUUUGAGAAGGAGUUGAAAGAAUCUAGUAGACUGAAGGGAAGAAGACAGAGAGCUGGAAAUCGUAUGAGAAAAAGACGUGGAGUUCUUCCACCUGCUCUUCAGGGAUUAAUGGGUGAAGCAAACUUGCGUUAUGCACGUGGAGAAAGGGAGACGGCAGUCAAGAUGUGUUUGGAAAUCAUUCGACAAGUUCCUACAGCUCCAGAACCAUUUCAGACAUUAGCUGUACUGUAUGAUGAGUUGGGUGCUCCAGACAAAUCAUUACAGUUUGCUUUGAUUGCAGCACAUUUAAGCCCUUAUGAUGCUGAGCAGUGGAUACACCUGGCAGCAAAGUCUGAAGAACAGGGGAAUUUGAAGCAAGCUGUCACCUGUUAUUCCAAGGCUGUUGCUGCUGAUGCCAGCAAUGUAGAAGCCCACAUGAAAAGAGGAGAGUUACUGGAGCGUAUUGGGGAGAGAAAGGCUGCUCUCAGGGGGUACCAAAGGCUUCUUUCUUUGCUUACACCAGAACAAGGAUCAGUAGUUGUCCAGGUAGCCAAGAUGUUAGCUUCCAAAUUUCAUAAAGAUGGGGAGUUGAUGAAAGCAAAAGAAACAAUGGAUGUUGUAUUUAAGAAAGUUCCUCACCUUGUUACUUCAGAACAUGUAAACCUGAUGUUAGAACUGUUACUGAGUCAGAAGGAAUACACUCAUUGCCUUGAGAUCUUGGUCCAGUAUUGUGGUAUUGAAGUGGAAGCAGGAUCUCUGACUGAAAGUGCUGACCAACCACUCAUAGUAUUACAUUGCACUAUACCAGAAUCACUUCCAGUUGAUCUGCAUGUUAAACUUACUGUUGUUUUAAUUCAUUUGAAAGCCUUUCAUAUGUUAAAUAUGCUGUUGGAACCAUUAGAAGAAAAUGAUCCUGAGGAAGCUGGUGAUCUCUACUUAGAUGUAGCUGAAGCCUUGAUGAGUGAAGGGAGACAUAGGGAUGCCCUCAGGCUUCUGAAUCCAUUGGUGAAAAGUGAGAACUAUGGCUUGGCAGCAGUUUGGUUGAGACAUGCAGAGUGUCUGAAAGCUUGUGGACAGCGAGACAGAGCAGCGGCAUCUUAUGAAGUGGUGGUACAACAGGCUCCCCAGCAUUUGCAGGCCAGAAUUAUUCUCUCAGGCUUAUUGAAUGAGCUAGGGCGUGAGGAAGAAGCCUUAGCUGUUCUCACACAGGAUGCAGAAUCUGAAGUUCUAGAACCUGGACUUCUGUAUGAAAAAUGCAUGCUGCUGAAAGGAGUACAGGAAAGGACAGAAGAGUUUUUGGCUGUUGGUCAGCUUCUCUUGUCAAGGCAUUUUGUCCGCAUACGUAAUAGAGAUGAGCUCUAUGCUCUUUCACGACUGAGACGUUUAGAAAAGAAGAAGGAGGCGCUGAGAGAAAUCCGCACUUCUCGGGGAGAACCACAGUUUGAUACUGAUGCACCAGAUUUUGGAGUAGGCAAGAACUCCCCAACAGUUGAGGAAGAAUGGGCUCUCUUUCGAGAAAUGUGUGACACUUGCUAUAGAAUAGGUCGAUUUGCUUUGCUGCAAAGAUUAGCUUUUUCUGCAAUGGGCUCAAAACUUUUCUAUUCCAGUCCUGACAGAGCACUUGAAAUGGAGUUUCUGUGCCUUCUUGCUUGCUUUCACAAUGGUGAUGCAUACUACGGUUACAAUCUUGCCAGGGAUCAGCUUCUGAGAGAGAUGAAAUAUCCACGGAUAUGGAACUUAUUCAACCUCAUUCUUCAGCGAGCUGAUGAUGUACGCCAUAACCGUUUCCUCAUGCGUCUUUUGGCUCGACAUCCCAACCAUCCUGCCUUGACCCUUCUCCAUGCUAACAAUUGUCUAGUAGCUGGGACAUACAAAUAUGCCCUUAGCGAAUACGCAGCAACAUUCCGUUCCAACCCAGGUCCACUGUCAGCUUUCCUGUUAGGUGUCACACUCUUCCAGAUGGCAUGCCAGAAGUUCUCAGCCAAGAAACAUUCUCUAGUAACACAGGCUCUUGCUUUCAUGUGGAAGUAUCAGCAGUAUCGGGGUGAAGAUGGCUAUCAGGAAGUUCACUACAAUAUUGGACGAGCAUUCCACCAAUUGGGACUCCUUCCUGCUGCAAUAUACCAUUACAAGGAAGCACUGAACUUCACCUCACCUCUCCUUGAGAAGUAUCCACAUUUGCUGGACCUAAAGAGAGAAGCAGCAUUCAAUUUAUACCUUAUUUAUAUGAGCACUGGUGCAUAUGACAUUGCACGCAGCUAUGUUGAUAAAUACAUUGUUAUUUGAACUGGUACCAUUAUUAUUGAGAUGAAAUUAUGUUAUUUCAAGGGUUUUGCUGUUGUAAUAUUCAAUGUAUAAUUUAAUGUUAAAGUACAAAAUAUGAAUUCAUUC